AUGGAAAACCAAAACAAUGAAGAACAAACUAAUAAGAUUAAAGAAACUUUAUUUGGUCUUUCCACAGGUAUUAUUCAAAAAGCUAUAAAUAAUAAUGUUGAUUUAAGAAAUUAUCGAAUGAGAAAAGAAGCACUCGAGACACUAGGGAAAUGUUUGUCUAUGUUUAUAUUAUAUAUAACUGAUGGAGCUAUGGAAUAUUGUGAAAAUGAAAAAAGAUCUACCAUACUGGUCAGAGAUAUUUUAAAUUCUUUAGAUGAUUCUUUAUUUCUAGAUAUACAUGAUGAAUUGAAAAGACAGCUAACUAUUCAAGAAGAAAAUAAUAAAACGGAAAUAUCAAAAGUAUCAGAAAAUGUACAAGCUCAAUAUGCUUCAAACAAUGAACUUAAUAAUAAUCAAAAGGAAGGGAAGCCCAAAAAUAAAGAUGAUGAUUUUGAUAUAUUGUUACAAGCUCUAGAAUAA